AGCCCAAUUGAUAGAGGAUCCCCAUCCCAGAAGUUUUGUGGUUCCCUCUUGACUUUAUCCCCAUCUCCCCGCUGGCAGACGAGCAGAUAUCUGCUCAGCUAGUUUCUGCUGUUACUAUCGAGUCUCUCAAAUGGAUACAAGAGUAACUUUGGUCUUAUGUUUCCUCCAUGUAGUCUCUGUGAGCAGCAGCCCCGGGCCGUUAGUGGACGUAGUUGUUGACCGGUAUGAUAUACCGAAAGUUUGUCCUCGAGAGGUCCAGACUGAAGAUUUUAUCCGGUAUCACUUUAACGGCACUUUCUACACUGACGGGAAGAAGUUUGACUCCAGGUGAAGUAACAACCAACUAUACACUCUCAGUUGAGCUACAAUAGGGUUAAUAGUCAUGGAAGGAUGUUAGCGUUUGCAAGUCAAGAUGACAAGAUGAGAUAACUAAGCUCAUGUGCACAUCUGAGGCUCAGCAGCAGUAAUUGUUUGAACUGGUUCCUCCUGCUGCGGACAGCAUGUCCCUGAAUUACACUUAUUAAGUUACACGCAUGGAAAGUAGGCUGUGGGGGUCCCGCAAACACUUAUCAAAGCUCCUAUGAGGAGUUUUUUUGGUGUGCAUGAAAUGGACUGGAUUUCAAAAUACUGCAUUUUCAUGAUGUUCAAAAGGAACAACUACAGAGGUGACAAGAUUUAUGAGUUUUUUUUCCCCUGUUAUUUUCAAUGCAUGUAUAACUAAGAGUAGACAUCCGCUGAGCAGCUGAGGAAAGUCCUUUUACUUAUUUUUUUACUUUCCACCUAUAAUGUUUAAACAGAUGGUGUGACUGUAAAACAUUAGGGGAUGAGAGUAUUUCUCAGAGGACAUCACUGAAGUGUGGAGUGGACAAGAUAAGCUUAAACUGCUUUGUCAAAAACUAACGUUAACCAAAAGUGUCUCACGGGAGCAAUAAAGGUUUCAGACUUCAGCUAAUCCUCAAAAGUUCAUUGUGGCACCUAAUCUACAAUUUAAUUUAAAAAUAUCUUCCAUCAAAAAUAUUGGAGUUUUUCUGUGGUGUCAAAACGCUGUUCUCUAAGAAAGAUGUCAUAAAAACAGUUAAUCACAGUUUUGUAUUUUGCUGAUUUUUCCUGAAUCACCCUUACUUUUGACAAUUCAAUCUUACCAAUUUGUGAAACCCCCGUUGUCAUUCUUCCUCCUAAUUUCUGCAGCCAUGACAGAGGAAAAGCCUUUAUCAGCCAAGUGGGUCUGGGCAGACUCAUUACAGGGAUGGACCGAGGUCUUCAGGGCAUGUGUAUUAAUGAGCGAAGGCGGAUCACAAUCCCCCCACACCUGGCGUAUGGAAGCAUUGGAACAGGUUAAAAGCAGCAAAAUGACCCAAACAUGAACAAUGCGGUCUGAAAUCACAACCACUGAUUCUCUUGUUCUUUUCUGACAGGUGGUGUAAUCCCUCCUGAUGCUGUGUUGGUGUAUGAUGUUCUGCUGCUGGACAUCUGGCAUGAAGAGGACAAGGUCCAGAUCCGCACACUCAGCAAACCUUCGAACUGCACCCGCUCCUCUGUGACAUCAGAUUUCAUCCGUUACCACUACAAUGGCACCCUGAUGUCAGGGGAAGUGUUUGACUCAAGGUGAAGCUGCGUGCAGAAUGAGAAGUCAGGCUUUAACAACUCACAUUUGAACACUUUGAAUUGCUUUUUGUUUCAGUUAUUCGAGGAAUGCGACCUACGACACUUACCUAGGAAAGGGAGACCUUAUCAAAGGCAUGGACGAGGGACUGCUGGGGAUGUGUGUUGGGGAGAGAAGGAUUAUCAUCGUCCCACCCUUUCUGGCAUAUGGAGAGAACGGAUAUGGUAAUCAUGCUAAACAUAGUUGUGGUAACAUCUGAUUAUUCAUUUAUAAGCUUGCUGUUAUAACCAAGGUUACAUAAUCAAGUAUAAAAAGGAUACACAAUAUGUCAUCUACUGGUGUGGGCUUAAAUCAAUUUACAGUGUUUUUGCAUGAUUAAACGGUGUAACAGUAAGGCUCUCUAUGAAAUUUGUGUUCCCUGUGGUUGCUGUCAUUACUCUUAGCUUGUUGCAAUGAUAAGGUUGAAGAAAAGUCACAUUCUUAUGUAAGAUUAAAAACUACUAGAGGUCUACUUCAACGUUGAGGUAAACACUGACGAAAAUGUCUCAACAGGAACUCAGGUCCCUCCUCAGGCCACGCUGGUGUUUGAGGUGCUGCUAGUCGACCUCUUCAACCCAAAAGAUGAUCUGAUCGUGGAAGUGAAAGAGGUGCCUAAAGGCUGCACCCGCAGGACAGUGACCGGAGAUUACAUCCGCUACCACUAUAACGGCACCUUCCAGGACGGCACAGCCUUCGACUCGAGGUAAACCCACCCCCCUUAUCUGUUUUUAGAAAACAGUAAAAUGCUGUAAAAUUGUGAAGUGAAUUAUGAGCCCUUUUUUUGCAGCUACAAGCGGAACAGCACCUAUAACACCUACAUUGGGAUGGGAUAUGUGAUCCGAGGGAUAGACAAAGCUCUGCAGGGGCUGUGUGUAGGAGAGAAGAGGAGGAUCACUGUCCCUCCUCACCUGGCCUAUGGUGAAGAUGGCGUCGGUAAGUAUGAGACUUGCAUUUACCAACAGACCAUGAAGUUUCUAUUUAUAACACCAUUUUGAUUUCUUUGUUUCCUCAUGUAGGAGAUCUUAUUCCUGGAUCUGCUGUGCUGGUCUUUGACAUCCACGUCAUUGACUUCCACAACCCCAAAGACCUGGUACACAUAACAGUUACCCACAAGCCUCAGGAAUGCAGUCUGACCAGUGAAGCUGACGAUCUGAUCCAGUAUCGCUAUAAUUGCUCCUUGAUGGACGGCACCUUGCUGUACUCCUCGUGAGCACCCUCAGCUGUACACUCUGCUACACUGCAUCCUCCUCCUCCGCCUCAUGCAUGUAAUCAUUGCUGGCACCUUUCAGUGGGCUUUGAUCUGCAAAUACUUUAACGUCUGUGUAUAAAUGUCAACAGGAAAUAUGCCUGCAUGGCUUGAGAUUUAGAUUAACUUCCAUUUGAUUGAUUAAAAUGUGAAUUUUAGACUUGUUUCUUUAAGAUGGGUCACAGGUCAUUUGUCCAUUUCCAGGGACCAGUAUGAUUCACCUUCCAUCACAACCUUGGGAGCAGACAAAGUGAUCCCAGGACUGGAGGAAGGUUUGAAGGGCAUGUGUGUAGGUGAGAGGAGGGAGGUGAUCGUCCCGCCGCACUGGGGUCACGGUGAAAGUGGAGGUCAGUCCUUGGAUCUGCUUAAAUCACUCUUUGCACGCUGUCUCUGUAUGCCUUAGAUAAAUUAUUUUAUCCUGCUUUGUGUUGGUGUCUUCAGCGGGGGAUGUCCCAAGCAGUGCAGUGCUCUUCUUUGAGCUAGAGCUGGUGAAGCUGCAACAGGGGGUGCCCGAGGGCUACAUGUUUGUGUGGCUGGGUGAUGCUCCUGAUCCCCUCUUUCCUGCUAUGGACCUCAACAACGACAAAGAGGUUCCUCUAAAAGAGGUGAGCAGACAAGGCAAAAUCUACCUGUUACAGAAAGGCAAAAGGUCCAGCUGUAAGAUGGCAAAACUCUAACAGAGCAACCAUUUCCACCUCUGUUUCCUACAGUUUUCAGAAUUCAUCAUGCUCCAAGUGAAGGAAGGCAACGGGCGUCUACGUCCAGGGUUCAACGCUGACACUAUCAUUGAGGACAUGUUCAAUAACCAGGACAGGAAUAAAGAUGGGAAGAUUGUAGAAGAUGAACUGGAACACCAGGGCCAUGAGUCUGAACAAGUGACAAAAGAUGAGUUAUGAAGAUGUUUUCACAUGUUAAGAGAUGGUAAGAAGAACCAGGCAUUCGUGGCUGCAGCUUGAUUCUUUCAGCUACUGAUAUGUGCUGAUUACUUUUGAUGUUUCCAAGGUUAGUUGAGUCUGUUUGCUGAUAUGUACUGUUUCUGUUAAAAUGACAGCCAGCUUAAACAUCUUCAAACAUCAACAGUACAGAGCACAUCUGCUCCAGUGGUCAGUGUAUUGCGUUCAGGAAACAGGUGUUUUUAAAUAUGGAAGGCAGGGAGAGAAGGUUGUUCUCUGUUUUAGAGGCACAUUUGACUGAGUUAUGAAAGUUGACAUACCUUCAGAAAAUAUCUGGGCUGGGCCCCUUCUGAUAGAGUUAUGAAUUUAACUUAAAUCACUUUGAAACAGUGCGGCAGAAACUUAAGGAAACCACUGGCUGUGUGGGAUAUAUAUUGUAAAGAUGAGGUUGUAAAAAGACAGGAACUCAACAUGAGAAGUAUGUAUGUUGUGGAACAUAAAAUGAAAAACCUAUGCACUCUGUACAGACACGUAGCUGUAAAUUAGCUUUGUAGAUUUUAAUUCAUCACUUUAACCACAUGUUGAAUUCAUUGAAACAACAAAGCACCUAGGACCAUGUUUUAUUUGAGAAAAGUUGGAACGUAUAAAGAGGCAACUGUUGAGAAUAGAUAACAGAGAUGGAGUGACAUGGUACACUGUUCACAAUAAAAUAUUUAGUAUUUGUAACAAAUUCUAUGAAACUGUUUGUGUUGUACAGUAAAAGACUUGUCUCAUCAACUAAAUGUGAAAUUACUCAUGAGUGUAAAAUAACAACACUACUCUGAAAAUGUUUGUUUCUGAAUAAAACUGUAACAUUACUGAGGUAGCUUUUAGUUCUAACAUGCCAUUUGACUUGAGUUUUGUGUAUUUAAAUGUUAUUAACAUGACAGUGAAAUCUGUGGUGUUACACACAUAAAACAACGUUUCCACAAAACAAACAUCCAUAACUGUGCGUCUGAAAAAUGUGACCAGGGGGUGGAAGACUCGACAUGGUAAUAAAACACACUUUUAAAAA